AGCACACGUGACCUCCGCCGCCGCUGCUAACCUGCACCAUGGCUCAGCCCGUCCCUCGGCUAUCUAUCCCAGCCGCACUGGCCCUGGGCUCGGCCGCGCUGGGCGCCGCCUUCGCUACUGGUCUCUUGCUGGGGAAACGGUGGCCUCCAUGGGGGUCCAGGCGGCAAGAGCGCCUGCUGCCACCUGAGGACAAUCCCCUGUGGCAGUAUCUGCUGAGCCGCUCCAUGAGAGAGCACCCGGCGCUGCGGAGCCUGCGACUGCUGACCCUGGAGCAGCCGCAGGGGGAUUCCAUGAUGACCUGUGAACAGGCCCAGCUUCUGGCCAACCUGGCGCGGCUCAUUAAGGCCAAGAAAGCUCUGGAUCUGGGUACUUUCACGGGCUACUCGGCCCUGGCCCUAGCCUUGGCGCUUCCGGAGGCUGGCCGCGUGGUGACCUGCGAGGUUGACGCAGAGCCCCCGAAGCUGGGACGGCCCAUGUGGAAGCAGGCAGAAGUGGAGCAGAAGAUCGACCUUCGGCUGCAGCCCGCCCUGCAGACAUUGGAUGAGCUCCUAGCGGCGGGCGAGGCCGGAACCUUCGACAUAGCCGUGGUGGACGCGGACAAAGAGAACUGUACCGCCUACUACGAGCGCUGUCUGCAGCUCCUACGUCCCGGAGGCGUGCUCGCUGUACUCAGAGUCCUGUGGCGCGGAGAAGUGCUGCAGCCUCAGCCCAGGAACAAGACUGUUGAAUGUGUGCGGAACCUGAACGAACGCAUCCUGAGGGACGCCAGGGUCUACAUCAGCCUCCUGCCCCUGGAUGAUGGCCUCUCCUUGGCCUUUAAGAUCUAGGGUUAACACGAAGCUUAGGGCCUGGGUGUGAGAACCUAAGACCCCCAGCCAGUGACCUGACUUUUAAACCUGACAAUAAAGGUACUGGACACGCGACCUUCUGAGCAUCCUCUUCCAGCGUUCACUUGGUGGAGGGUUCCCUCCCUGCAGGUCUCCCUGGCACCAAGGCUUGUGGCCUUAUCUGACCGCAUAGUUUUAAUAAAUUGUCCUAGCUGUACUCACUGAGUAGAGUUCCAACAGGCUUGGAUAUAAGGGAAGACCCUAUCUGUCUCUGGCCUCCCAGCCACAUGCCACAGAGAUGUCGAGAUAGGGCCUUUUAUAGCUGGCAGUCUACUCAUGUUUUCACAGGGCUGAAGCCUCCCCAGCCUAACUUGUGUGCAGUGGAAGCCCAGACUACAGGACCUAAGGUUGGCUGGCAUUUCUAUCUGCUCCCUCAUCCCCUUAAGUCCUAAGGGAGGAGACUGAUGGCCAAGGUGCAAAGCAGACAGAGUGGGAAGCCAACCUCAUUCAAGAAACCUCAGGAACUUGAAGCUUUUGCAGCACUGUCCUUUUGGGGGACACUAUAAGGAGCCAACCUUUAUUGACCUGAGGCCUGGUGCUUUGCUGCUCUAGAAGAAAGGUAAAGUUCUUUGUACUGAGGCAGAAAGGACAGUUUCUGGGACACCACAGGUUUGCCACUCUGGGGUAAGAAAGGCCCAAGUGAUGUGCACUUAGCAGCUGCUACAAGUACAGAUGUGUGAGCCCACAACUGAGUCCCUGCCACACACCACCAACCCUCUGGGGACUAGCUGUGCCCUACCCCUUCUUCACAAGUCACAAGUACAUACUGAGGUGCACACAGGGGACCUGGUCCAAUCCAUUUUGAAGUGCCUUUGAUGCACUGGUAGCCCACAUGAGUCCACUCGCUCAGCAGAGCCAGCAUGAAGAACACUUGUUAGCUGAGGGUCACAGGGCAGUAACAUGCACCAUUUCUAUUGGGUAAGUCCCAAAGUACCCAUUUUCUUAGCUGUCCUCUCAAGUUUAAACUACACCUCAGAAGUGACACUCACCUCUCACCUGUGACACACCACCUCCCCAGGGAAGCUGGCACGGUCCUACUUUUCCAACCAGGAUCACUAGGUAAUACAUAUCACCCAGGUGAUGGCGAAGGGGGCUGCCUGGUCCAGACCCCAGCUCAGCUUUUCAACGCUGUCAAUAGAAGAGAAUGGUGCCCACUUUCUCCUCUCUUGGCCUGUUGCUUCCAUCUACCCAGGCUCCACUUUCUGUAGCGUGGCUCAGAAGGAAGGGGAUGCAUGCCUAUUUAGCCACUCAGCACCACCCCUGCAUCUCCCUUCAUCAUCCAUGGGUUAACAGUGAUUCACUCUAACUUUGCACAAACUUAGAAACUGCAGAGUAUUAAAGUAUGUAUCCUUGU